UAUGAGAGGGGUUGGGUGGGUAGGUAGGAGAUGAUCGAAUAAGAAUGAACCCGAUCCCGAUCAAAAAAAGCUGUUUCUGUACAAAAGUUAGGCACGUGCGGUGUGUUGUUUUAUUGAUAUUUUAAGUUGUUAUGUAUUUUUAAGUGAUAAAAGUGAUAUAUAAAUAUGGUACAGGCUCCAGAUAUCAAUAUGAAACAUAAAGACCUACCUCAAGCUUUAAUGUUAUUGAGCGAAAUGAAUUUGAGUGCACAGCAUGUGGCAAAUUUAGUGGAUAGUAUGAUUCAAAGAGUGAGAAAAGGUGAAUUGACCACCGAUCAAGGACUCAGUUUUUUGGAAAUGAAGUACAACAUGCUGUUGAGCUAUCUCAUCAAUUUGACUUACGUAGUGCUUAGAAAGUGUUCUGGUGAAAAAAUAGAGGGGGAUCCCUGCAUAGACAGAUUAAUAGAAAUAAGAACUGUUUUGGAGAAAAUUAAGCCUAUCGAUAAUAAACUCAAGUAUCAAAUUGAUAAGUUAGUAAAAACAGCAGUGAGUGGAACAAAUGCAGAUGAUCCUACCAAAUAUAAAGCCAACCCUGAAAAUUUAAUGGGAAACUUGGAAGGAGAGGAAGACAGUGCCGAUAGUGGAGACGAAAAUGUGAAAGAGGAAGGCAGCAAACGUGGAGUUUAUGUGCCCCCAAAAUUGUCAGCAGUACAUUAUACUGGUGACGAGUCAAAUCAAGAUCGAGUGAAAAGAUUACAAGAGAAGUCCAAAAGGCACGCUUUGUCGGCUUCCAUUAUGCAGGACCUUCGAGAAGAAUACCUCGAUACACCCACUGAGAAAUCUGAAGGAGGUCGAGCCCAAAAAGUUUUGUCCAAACAUCAACAAGAGAAACAGGAAUACGAAGAGGAAUAUAUGACACGUUUGCCGGUAACCAAAAUUGAAAAACAAAAACACCGUCACUUGACCACUAUUGGGUCAGUGGGUGACGAAAUUAUCAACUUUGGAAGUAGCCAGUCUUCCAGUGGUAAGCGGAAAAGGAAGUAUUCCUCCAAGUCGAAGGGAAAGAGUUUCAAACGUAGGAAGUUUCAUUGAUAAUUGUUGAUUUUUUUAUGAGUAACAAAACUAUUUAUGUGCAAAAAGUCAUUAAGUAAUAAACCUCUACGGCUUAAAUAACGUAAGUAUUUCUCGGGAUGUUUGUAAAAUUUUCUCGUGGCAAAGUCAAAAGGUGUGACAUGUCGCUUUGCACAUAUAUAUUUUUGCCUGAAAAUGAAGAGCUUGAAACCCCUGUUGCCUAUGGUGACCUUACGACGAGAGUAUUAAAAAUUGGUGAAAAAAAUUCAAAAUUCUACAGAUUUUCCAUAGAGUUAGUAACAUUGUUUUCGUCUUGAGUUGAUUGUAUGCUUGCAUUUUCGGCAUGAACUUUCGAU